AUGAGCUACAAGGUGCUGGAAGAUAUCAUAUUUGACGAAAGAUUCAAGGAGACAAAAUUUUCAGUUGAUAUUGACAAAAAGAAAUACAAUUUUGUUUGUAACUGUCAUAUGUUUGAGUUUAAGGGAAUAAUAUGCAAACAUAUGGUCACAGUAUUGAUUCGAGAUGGUAUCAUAUCACUUCCUGACAAGUAUAUCUUAGGGUGGUGGAGGAGAGAUGUCAGUAGAUCCUACACGAGAGUGAAGAUUAAUUACAAUGGUUGGAUUAGUACGCUUAGUCAGUUAAGAUACGAUAAGUUAUGCAGUGUGUUUGCAAAGCUUGUAGACUUGGUUGUAGAUGAUGAAGAUAGUACCCAGGCAACUAUGGAGUGGAUGGAAUCUCAAUUGACUGCAUUGAGGAAAUCUAAUACGAAGCCUAGUUGUGGUAGUAAUAUACAUGUUGAAGAUAGUGUACAAGAACAAUUUCUUGAUGCUAGAGAGGCAGCUACAGCUUGA